AGAAACUCUAUUCAAACACUUGUAAUUCAAUCAGUCAAUACAGACCAAAAACAAUUUAUCAAAAUGUUCAAGUUGGUGGUAUUGUCUGUUCUCCUCGCCGUAGCUGCUGCCCGUCCCGGUCAUCUGUACGAAACAUCUCCCUUGGUUUACGCAGCACCAGCUGCCCAUACGACCAUAGUGCAGGAGCCAGUCCUGGCUAAAGUUGGCGCCGUUGUAAAGAGUAUCCCUACCGCUGUUUCCCACCAGAGCCAGUCUGUGGUACACAGCUCCGCCCAUGUAGUUCAGGAUGUCGUUGCACCAGUGGUGAAGUCAACUCCUGUAGUAACCUACGCCGCUCCUGCUGUUGCUCCUGUUGUCCAUGCCACCUAUGCAGCCGCUGCUCCAGUUGUGCAUACUUCCUAUGCCGCCGCCGCUCCCGUCCUUCACACUAGCUAUAGUGCUGCAUCCCCUGUUGCCCAAAUUGCUGCUGCCUCCCCAUUGACCUAUACUGCCACUGGCUUGUGGUAGAAGAGAGCCCUAAACGUUGACCAGGAAUUUUGUUGGACGGUGUCGUGAUAUGAAUUUAAAUAAACGUAUAUAUAUAUUUCUUGAAAA